AUGACUGCAGAAAUACAAGCCCUUGAAAACAAUAGUACCUGGGAACUAACCGAUCUCCCUCUCGAAAAGAUUCCCAUUGGAUGCAAGUGGGUAUUCAAAACCAAACUGAAAUCUGAUGGCACAAUAGAAAGACACAAGGCAAGACUUGUGGUGAAAGGGUAUACUCAACAGCUUAGUGUGGAUUAUCUUGAGACAUUCUCCCCAGCAAGAAUCACGACCAUUCGUACAUUUCUGAGAGUGGCUACUUCAAAGGCCUGGCACAUUCAUCAAUUGGACAUCAACAAUGCCUUCCUUUACGGUGAUCUCAAUGAAGAAGUUUAA